UCUACCUGAGGAAGAGAGCGGUGGUUUCUGUGGGGCUUCAGAAAGCCAGGGGAGCCGAGGGCGGAAAGGGAAAAAGGAAGACGGACUCCUGUUCCUUUUCCCUCCGCAGAAGCAGAAGCAGAGGAAACGGACUGAGAAGAAAAGGACAGAGCAAGUCAUCAAGAGAAGGAGGGAGCCGCGCGACUUUUGGUCUUUCCUUUUGCCUUUUCUGGAGAGAAAGUGUUCUGGGGAUUCGACUGAGCUUGAGACAAAUUCUGAAAGGAGGAAAGAUCUAUAUAGAUAUAUAGACAGAGAGAGAAGGGAGUGGGGAGAGGGUUCUCAGGAGUCCUGGAAAGAGGAAGGGAAAAAGGAAAAGAAGAGGAGGAGGAAGAAGAAGAAGAAGAAGGAAAACUCCUGCGAAGCCAAGCGGGGAAAGGGAGGGCAGCCUGAGAGGAGAAGAAGCCCUGCCUGCCUUUGGGCAUCUCUUCGGGGAGUUUUCCCCCGGACCUUGCGAAGAGAGGAGGGGAGACCGAGGGAGAGCCAGCAACUUCGCCGGGACCAGGCAGGCAGACCGCCUCUUCGGCUGUGAUAAUAAAAAGGGAGAAUUGCUGAGGUUCUUAUGAGACAAGCUGUCGAAUGAAGUAUCUGCCUCUAACCCCAGUUGAGGAAGUAAGUGACAAGAGCACAGAGGAAAGGCUAACACAGUGACAUCAAUAAAAGAAAUAAAAAGGAAACCAUUGUCCUCGAGGUGGUUGGCUUUGUAUCGCUGAAAGACUACACACGGAAGUUUCAAAGGCCUACCCAUUAGAUUCUUUAAAGAACCAGCUCUAAAUUUGGGAACUCCCCUGGCAUGGCAAUGCAGACUUCGUGCAGAAUGGACAGUGCAAAGAAGUGGCUUGGACUCAGUAUAUCCUUAAGUUUUUAUCUAAUAACAAACCUCAUUACUAUUGUAUUAUCUGGGAGCCCCAGAACACCCAGCAAAAGCCAAGAAGACAGUCCCUUGGACAACUUGCUUCUCCAUCCACGAAUGAAAAGGAGCUGGGUAUGGAAUCAGUUCUUUGUUUUGGAAGAAUAUACUGGAACUGAUCCUUUGUACGUGGGAAAGCUCCAUUCUGAUAUGGACAGAGGAGAUGGAUCAAUCAAAUACAUUCUUUCAGGAGAAGGAGCAGGUGUAGUGUUUACCAUCGAUGACACUACUGGGGACAUCCAUGCCAUACAAAGACUAGACCGAGAAGAAAGGUCCCAGUAUACACUAAGGGCUCAGGCCUUGGACAGACGGACAGGCAGGCCAAUGGAACCAGAAUCUGAAUUCAUCAUCAAAAUCCAAGAUAUCAAUGACAAUGAACCCAAGUUUCUGGAUGGACCAUAUGUUGCUUCAGUACCAGAAAUGUCACCAGUGGGCACCUCUGUUAUUCAAGUGACAGCAACAGAUGCUGAUGAUCCCACCUAUGGGAACAGUGCCAGGGUAGUCUACAGUAUUCUCCAAGGACAGCCAUAUUUCUCGGUGGACUCCAGAACAGGCUUAAUUAGAACAGCACUAAUGAACAUGGACAGAGAAGCAAAAGAAUAUUAUGAAGUAAUAAUCCAGGCCAAAGAUAUGGGAGGACAGCUGGGAGGAUUAGCUGGGACAACUACUGUCAAUAUCACUCUCUCUGAUGUAAAUGACAAUCCACCCAGAUUUCCACAGAAACAUUAUCAGAUGAAUGUACUGGAGUCUGCUCCAGUCAGCUCUACUGUGGGCCGUGUUCUUGCUAAAGACUUGGAUGAAGGCAUUAAUGCUGAAAUGAAAUACAGCUUUGUGGAUGGAGAUGGAAUGGAUGUCUUUGAUAUCACCACUGAUCCUACUUAUCAAGUUGGCAUCAUUACAGUGAGAAAGCCACUGAGCUUUGAAAGCAAGAAAACAUACACUUUAAAAGUAGAGGGUGCUAAUCCUCACCUGGAAAUGCGUUUCUUGAGCCUAGGCCCGUUUCGUGACACUGCAACUGUGCAUAUCACUGUGGAGGAUGUGGAAGAGCCCCCAGUGUUUGAGCCUAGCUUUUAUUUUGUGGAGGUACCUGAAGAUGUGGACAUUGGGACCACCAUACAAAUGAUAUAUGCCAAGGACCCUGAUGUGACCAACAACUCUAUCAGGUAUUCCAUUGAUCGAAGCAGCGAUCCUGGGCGCUUCUUUUAGGUUGACAUUGCAACAGGGGCUCUGAUGACAGCAAGACCUCGGAUGGGAAGAUAUUUCAUGGCACAUAUCACUGUGUUGGCCCACAAACUUAACAAUCCUUCACAGGUUGGCAGUGUUUCAGUCACAAUAAAAGUCCUGGAUGUGAAUGACAAUGCUCCAGAAUUUCCCAGGUUUUAUGAGGCCUUUGUGUGUGAAAAUGCAAAAGCUGGACAGCUUAUUCAGACAGUGAGUGCAGUAGACCAGGAUGACCCACAGGAGGGACAACACUUCUACUAUAGCUUGGCUCCUGAGGCAGCUAACAACCCCAAUUUUACUCUAAGGGACAAUCAAGACAACACAGCUUGGAUUUUAACCAGGAGAUCAGGCUUCCGGCAGCAUGAGCAGAACACCUUCUACCUUCCUAUCCUGAUAGCUGAUAAUGGGCGUCCCAUGCUUAGUAGCACCGGGACAGUAACCAUUCAUGUUUGCAGUUGUGAUGACAAAGGCCUUGUGAUGUCUUGCAAUGCUGAGGCCUAUGUACUACCUGUGAGCCUGAGCAGAGGAGCCCUUAUUGCCAUCCUUGCCUGCAUAUUUGUGUUGCUAGUGCUAGUGCUACUGAUCUUAUCCAUGAGAAGACACAGGAAGCAGCCUUACAUUAUAGAUGAAGAGGAGAACAUCCAUGAAAACAUUGUCCGAUACGAUGAUGAGGGAGGUGGUGAGGAAGAUACAGAGGCCUUUGACAUUGCUGCCCUGUGGAACCCUAGAGAGGCCCAAGUGGUGAUGAAGAGCAGACAGGACAUGAUGCCAGAAAUCGAGAGCCUUUCCAGAUAUGUGCCUCAGGCCUGCACAAUGGACAGCAGCGUUCACAACUAUGUGUUGGCCAAGCUCUACGAAGCUGAUAUGGACCUCUGGGCACCUCCCUUUGACUCACUCCAGACAUAUAUGUUUGAGGGGAAUGGCUCAGUAGCCGAGUCACUCAGUUCCUUACAAUCCGUGAGCACGGACUCAGAGCAGAGCUAUGAUUAUCUGACGGACUGGGGGCCACGCUUUAAAAAACUGGCCGAAAUGUAUGGUGCUACAGAAGGGAGCGGGGCGCUUUGGUAACAAAGAAAGAAAAGGCAGGGUACCAAGAGUACUCUUGCUCAACAGCCAUCUGAAUUGGUUCUCAUCGGCUCGGGGGGACUCUGGUGAGGUGGCCUCCUACAAAUAGCAAUAUGGUGCUUGAGGGAGAAUGCAGAAGAGGAGUGCAACUAAAUGGAUGCCCUCUCUGGAUCAGCUUUACUCAGUUACAUUAAACUACAUUUGUAAACAAUGGCAAACAGAAAGGGGGUGGGGCCAGUGAUUUCCUGGAUGUGGAUUUAGUUUUGUUUGUUUUUAAUGGCUACACUUGAAUGCAUCACUCCUGGACUAGAAUGGCAUUAUUGUCUUUGGCUGAUCUUUUCUUCUUCUUUUCUUUUAAAUACACACAUGGCAUCUUAAUAAGUUCCUUACAGCUGGGGCCAAGACCCAUGAUUUUCAAUUGGUGAGGAAAUUGUCUGCAGAAAGCCUUUUCCAGCCCAUCUCCAUAGGAAAAACAAUUGCUUGCUCACAAAUUUCAGGAAGGCACAAAAUGGAACAAAUGAAAACAUGGAACAGGGGCUUCAAUCACGAGCAAGAGUCCCAUAGCCUUUCUAUGGGGUCUGACUUUUGCCACCUUGCUUAACAAAAGGGUCUGAUUGGUGUGCAGGAGAAGGUCAGAGGAAAAAGCAUUGAAUUGCACUCAGUCAAAUAACACCAGACUUGUGUGUCAUAUGCAUUAAUACUAAUAUCAUGUUAAUGUAAGUUGAACCUCUCUCCUCAGCUUCUAAAAAGCAUGGUUCAGAUUUAAACCAGAGGGGGGAAAUGCCUCUUUUUGCACUGUAGAUAUUUUUUCCACGUGCCAAAUGUGAAAAUCAGAUGCUACCAAUGAAAGCCAAAUAAAGUUCUUAAAUUUAAGUAACAUAAGGGGUCAAAGGGGCUUUCCCAAUCGAGGCAAAAUCAAACUGAGGGAAGUUUACACUGUAGGUAACCUACUUGAACAAAUGCAGUAUUAUAGAGGAAUAAAUGGAUGUAAUAAAUAUUCCAUAUGUAAGUUUUAUAUAUUUGUUAAUAAUUUUGGUAAUAAAUAUCAUGUACUGGAGACGGUACAGUA